AUGUCAGGUAUAGAAAACGGUGAUGAGUAUUUUGAUUCCUUAUGUGAAUUGGAUAAUUAUUCCCAAGCAAAUUUUGAAAAGUUACAGGAUGUUUUAAAAACAUUGUUGAAGCUAUUAAAACUUCAAUCAUCUACCAUUGAUACAUCGAUUACUACACGUAAUGUUGAAAAUGAAGAUACAACCAAUGCAAUUGAUGAUAAUAUUAUUAUUAAACUUCUUGAUACUCUUUCUAGAGACUUCGAUUUGUUGAUUGAGACAUCUAUAGCUUUAAAACAAGCUAAAUAUCAGGCUAGAGAAGCCCAGAUUCAGUGUGCAGAAGCCAUGGAGACUGAUAAUCAUACAAGACUGAAUAAGUCUCCAUUUGGUAAGGAUCUUACGGAAUGUGUGGAUGUCUUAGAAUGUAUCCAAAGAGAUUCAUUGAGAUAUACUAAUUUAAUAGACAGGAUGUCAGUUGACCUAGUGAAACAGGUAGAAGUUUCAGACCCUAAUGUAUCCAGAGUGGACAUGGAAAGUUGGAAACCAUCUAAAGAAUUGCAAGAGAUCUUAGAUCAAUAUUCUAAUACAGAUAGAGAUUUAUCUAAGAUAGAUGAUGAUUUGAAAGAUUAUUUGGAUCAAAUCAAGUUAUCUAGAGCUAAAUAUACGCUUGAGAAUAAAUAUCAAUUACAAACAAAGUUGAAUGAAUUAAAUAAUGAAAUUAAUCAAUGGAGAAAAGAAUGUAAUAACAUGGAAUCUUUGAUGUUUGGUGAUGAUCCAAGAUCCAUGAAAAGUAUGUUAAGGACAAUUGGAUCUUUAAAACAAAGAUUGAUUGAUGAGAGAGAACAGGACUGUGGUACAAAUAGUUCGGUUGACGAUGCUGGUGAGCAAAGAAAUAAGGAAGAAACUGUGUGA